ACUGGAGAAAGGGGUGUUUUUUUUAUAAUACCAACUGCGGUGAGUUUUUAUCAGAUUGAGUGUUUUUUCCGAAGACAUUGGUAUUGAGAAACAUAGCAGCAUCUGUAAUGUGAACUUCUUGCAUAAGAGACAGCUGUGUCUCAGAAAAUCUUCUAGUUGGAUGGAUCCGCUGUGACCAAUAGAGAAGGGGCAAGAAAGUGAAGAUGUUCGAACUUAUGUCAUUGUGUCUUUUGGUUGCUUUGUCUCAGCAUCAGCCUGUUAGAUCAGCAGAGCAUGAGGAAGUUGCCAAGCAUGCAAUAAAGCUUCACCGUGGAAAGGGUGCAGCAGAAGGUUCGCAGCGCAAACAGUGGCUUUUGGAUAGCUGCAGGAAGCUUUCUGCUCUCCUUCGUCAGAAGAAUGUAGUCCUGAACAAGCUAAAAAAUGCAAUUAAGGUGGUAGAGAAAAAUGUUGCCCUUUCUACUGAAGAAAAGCUCUUCCAAGUGCAUACAUUUGAAAUUUUUCAAAAAGAACUUAAUGAGAGUGAAAAUUCAGUGUUCCAGGCUAUUCAUGGGCUGCAUCGAGCUCUUCAGGGAGACUACAAAGAUGUUGUCAACAUGAAGGAAAGUAGCCACCAACGAUUAGAAGCCUUAAGGGAAGCUGCUAUAAAGGAAGAGAGAGAAUACCUGGAGCUGCUGGCAGCAGAGAAGCACCAGGUUGAAGCCCUGAAGUACAUGCAGCAUCAGAACAAAAGCCUUUCAAUGCUUGAUGAGAUCUUGGAGGAUGUGAGAAAAGCAGCUGAUCGCUUAGAAGAAGAAAUUGAAGAACAUGCAUUUGAUGACAACAAAUCUGUCAGAGGUGUCAACAUUGAGGCAGUCCUCCGGGUCGAAGAGGAUGAUAAUGACUCUGACAGAAACCUUUCUAGACGGGAAGUUGAAGAUAAUUUAGGGCUGAGUAUGCUAAUAGAUUCUCAGAACAACCAAUACAUACUGACAAAACCCCGAGAUUCUACUAUACCUCGAGCUGAUCACCAUUUUAUUAAGGACAUUGUGACUGUAGUGAUGCUCUCUCUGCCAUGUGGCUGGCUGUGUACAGUAAUUGGACUGCCGAAUAUGUUCGGUUACAUCAUCUGCGGAGUUCUCUUAGGUCCUUCAGGGUUGAACAGCAUCAAGUCUAUUGUGCAGGUAGAAACAUUGGGGGAGUUUGGAGUGUUCUUCACCUUGUUUAUAGUCGGACUUGAGUUUUCACCUGAGAAACUACAAAAGAUUUGGAAAAUUUCACUGCAAGGUCCCUGUUGCAUGACUCUUCUAAUGAUUAUCUGUGGCCUUAUCUGGGGUCAUUUACUACAGAUUAGACCAACUCAAAGUAUCUUCGUCUCCACGUGCUUGUCCUUAUCCAGCACUCCACUAGUAUCCAGAUUUCUUGCUGCUGGGGCAAGAGGAGGAGACAAAGAAGGUGAUGUAGACUACAGCAGUGUGCUACUGGGAAUGUUAGUAAUGCAGGAUGUGCAACUUGGCUUGUUUAUAGCAGUCAUGCCAACACUAAUUCAACUAGGAGAUAGCAGCUAUGACAGUGUCAUCAUGGAAACACUACGGAUUGGUCUAUUGAUAGGCCGGAUCCUUUUCUCCUUGGCAGCAGUUUUGCUCAUAUGUCUUUUUGUGAAGACAUUCAUCAUUGGACCAUAUUAUCGAAAGCUGCAUGCAGAAGGCAAAGGGAAUAAAGAAAUACUCGUUUUGGGGCUAUCAGCUUUCAUCUUUUUUAUGUUAACGGUCACAGAGGUGUUGGACAUCUCCAUGGAACUUGGCUGCUUCCUUGCAGGCACUUUAAUCUCCUCCCAAGGCCAUAUAGUCACAGAAGAAGUCAUGUCCUGCAUUGAACCUAUACGUGACUUCCUUACCAUCAUUUUCUUUGCAUCCAUAGGCCUUCAUGUUUUUCCUACAUUUGUGAUUUAUGAACUGACAUUCCUUGUGUUCCUGACAUUGGCAGUGGUGAUAAUGAAGUUUGUUUUAGCUGCAUUUGUGCUUUCUGUGCUUCUGCCAAAGGGAAGUCAGCAUGUAAAGUGGAUUAUUUCUUCAGGGUUAGCACAAGUCAGUGAAUUUUCUUUUGUCUUGGGCAGCCGAGCUCGCAGAGCAGGAAUAAUUUCUCGAGAGGUCUACCUUCUGAUAUUGAGUGUGACAACAUUAAGUCUUUUACUUGCCCCUGUGUUAUGGAAGGCUGCAAUUAUGAAGUGUGUUCCAAAACAAGAGAAGAGGCUAAAUACCUGAUGAAGAGAAAAAAAAAAAAAAACAUAACUACUAAAUUUGGCAGCAUGUUUUUAUCAUUGUCAUUGUUGGUAAAACACACACUCACUAAAACUGAGCUAUCUGAAAUUCCCUUUACACUUGCACUCCGACAUUCUCUUAAUACUGAGAAAAUGCACUGCUACAAGAUGGGACUACAUACUGGAUUUUUGCACAGUUUAUGCAAAUUAUAUAAAUUGUUUAUGUAUGAGUACAAUUAAUGUGCUAUGUCUUGCUCAUCUUAAGAGGUUUUGAUUUUGUUAAUGUUUUCAUGGUUCUUAGAUAUUAAUAUAACUGUCACCAAACUGCCUCCUUUUAUUGUUCACCUAAAUGUGCCUUUCUUGUAUGGUGUUGACAGGCCAGAGCAAGGUGACACCUAGUUCAUCGUUUCCAUUGUUUUCUAAAACUAGAGCUGAAGUGUUCUGGUUAACAUGUUGGGACACACCAAAAAAUGUAGUGCAAUAUUGGUUUAGUUUACAAAGAACUUGCACCACAUGUUUCAGAAUGUCUUUCCUCAGAACAAAACAGAGAACUACCCUUGCAUGUCCUUUGCUACUGCCAUUAUCCCACACCUCCACCCACAAUGAGUAAGUGUGAAGAGGCUGCAGUUUCAACAGUAUUUGUCUACAGUUAAUGAAGAUUCUGACUUGUUAAGUAUCACAUCUGGAUCAUUUUUCUAUGUUUUUAACUAUACAAUAUUCCAUACGUCAGUUUGUGGUUUCACACACACCAUUUUUUACAGUAUAUGCCCCAGUAUGAAAUACAGCAUCUGAUGCUGAUAGCAUUAGUCUUUAACAGUAAGGUACCAGAUGCCUGGUAUUCAAAAAUGUUAAAGUAGAACUGCAAAAUCUAUGUGACAGGUAGUUUCAGCUUCAUAAGGUAGAGUCUGAGGUAUAGGUUUUGUAGUAAAUUAGGGACUAUGUUGGGUAACCCUUUUGAUGUGUGACUUCUUGUUUUUUAGCAUAAUACUAUUAUAAGUAGAGGAAAGGAGAACAUUUUGUGACCAAGAUGAUCAAGGUCUGAUUGGGGGGGGGGGUAACAGGGGUGAGGCCCACUCACCUCUGACUGGAGGACGGUAUAGGGAUGUCAUGUAGGGGAGGAGUGCAAAUGCUGUGUCACCAUUGUAUCCUGGAAAGCACAGUAGAGUUCACACAAAGUCAGGAAAGGGCAAGGCCAUACUGGGCAUGCUACUAGGUAGGCAAAGCAUUGUUUCAUAGUGUCCAACUACAUUGAGGGUGGGGUGCCCAGCUAGGCACCAUGGGGGUGUGAAUGGAACCAGCACGAGGGGUGUAGAGCUUAGUCUGUCCGUAUGCAGUAUGAAAAGAAGGAACAAUAGCAAAAAACAGCAAAAAGACAAAAAAAAAAGGGGGGGGGAUGAAGAGGACUAUCACUAUUAACAAUAUUUGAGAGGUUCCAUAUUGCCACCAUUCCCAGAAUCCAGGGUCCAAGCUUUUUGUGUCUCACUAAUAACAUUUUCACAAUUUUCUCUCUCUAUUUUACUAUUGCGUGAGCAGUUUCAUGCUAAGCUGGUGGGUGUUUCAUUUGCCAAGUACUACUGGUAGAUUCCAUAGUUUCAAAACUAUUUUUUUGGCUUGUCAUUUCUUUUUCUUCCUUAAAUAUUCUGUAUCAGAGGACCUUGAAAGCAGCUGUUCAGUUUUACUCUUUUUGUUAAUUAUGAAAGUAUCAAGAACAGUUACAUUGUUUACAAAACAACACUAACUGACAUGUUUGAGAUUACAUACGUGUGCUAAGUACUGUAACUACAACUUCAUUGUGCCAUACUUUUUUUUUAUUAUUAAACUUGUAAUACAAAUUUUGCAGUGAAACGAAGAAACAAGUUCUCAUUUAAUUGCUACUAGCAUCUCCUUAUUAGUUGUUGAAUGUUUACAUUGUUUGUUGUACAUAUUACUGGACCAAGAAACUGUUUUAAUUUAAUAUCAAAAUAGAAAACAAGAUGAACUUUGAUAUAACUGGGUAUGUACAUGUAUCUUAAUGAAGUAUUGAGGUUUAGCUGGAUUUAGUUGAUUUACUUGGGAUAAAUUUUGAUUGACUGUGUAUAUUUCUGGGAGUGCAGUACUAAGUGUAGAAAAUUAGUAAUGUGCAUUUGCUUCAGUACUACCCAUACAUACUGCUGGCUACAAUACAUUUUUUUUCUGUGGUUGAGCAAGACAGCAAAAUAGUCAACAUUUCUUAUGUUUAUUAUUUGUUGGUAAAUUAUCCUAGCCUGCAUUAUAAAUGGAGUAACUUGGGAAGGAUCCAAAUGGUUGUUAAAUUAGUCACUGCAGUGAACAUAGUAUAUAUAACUUGCUUCUAGGAAAUAGGUUGGCUACUGUGUUUAUCUUCUGUGGAGCAUUAAAUAAAGUAAAUUAAUGACAUUAUAUAAAUUAUGCUUGUAGAACUCCUCAGGGUAUUUUAUCGUCAUAAUUAAUCACGUGAAUUAGUCUGUACCUGUUGUAUGUACACAUGCACCUUUUAUGAAACGUCAUAGAAAUUUGCAUUCAUAUUGCACUUUUGAAAAAAAAAGUUCUGGGAUAAAUAAAGCAGGUUACUGGUAAACUAA